UCGCAUGACUUGUAAAAUUACUUACUUGGGGGCCUGCAGUGGUGUUUGACUGGAUAUUGCUGCCUGGUUCUGAAUGAUGUCAGAACAGGAUUUGGCAGAUGUUGUUCAGAUUGCUGUUGAAGACUUGACUCCAGAUAACCCAGUUGUGUUGGAGAAUCAUGAAGUGACAGAUGAUGAUGUAGAGCCUGCUCUGAAACGUCAGCGUAUAGAAAUUAACUGCCAGGAUCCCUCCAUUAAGUCAUUCCUGUAUUCCAUUAAUCAGACAAUAUGCCUGCGGUUGGAUAGCAUUGAGGCAAAGUUACUGGCACUAGAGGCUACCUGUAAAUCAUUGGAAGAGAAGUUGGAUCUUGUCAUGAACAAACAGCAUAGCCCCAUCCAAGUCCCCAUGGUGGCAGGUUCUCCUCUUGGCGCUACACAGACGUGCAAUAAAGUACGAUGUGUUGUCCCUCAGACCACAGUAAUACUGAACAACGACCGGCAGAAUUCAAUUGUAGCCAAGAUGGUUGGGCAGGAAGAGCCAUUGAGCAGAACGGCGGAUUCUCUGGAAAAUAUCCUUAGCAAUGCUGUUCCUGGACGUAGGCAGAACACCAUAGUGGUGAAAGUUCCAGGGCAUGACGACAGUCACAAUGAAGACGGAGAGAGUGGCUCUGAGGCCAGUGACUCAGUUUCCAACAGCGGACAAUUAGGAAGCCAAAGUAUUGGGAACAAUGUCACGCUUAUCACGCUGAACUCUGAAGAGGAUUACCCCAAUGGGACAUGGCUCGGAGACGAAAAUAAUCCCGAGAUGCGGGUCCGUUGCCCCAUCACCCCUGCUGACAUGCUGCACAUCAGCACGAACUGCCGCACAGCCGAGAAGAUGGCACUGACGUUGCUUGAUUAUCUCUUCCAUCGGGAAAUUCAGGCCAUCUCCAACCUUUCGGGCCAGGGCAAGCAUGGGAAGAAGCAACUUGAUCCUCUCAUGAUUUACGGAAUUCGCUGUCACCUAUUUUACAAAUUCGGAAUCACAGAAUCUGACUGGUAUCGAAUCAAGCAAAGCAUAGACUCCAAAUGCCGAACAGCUUGGAGGCGGAAACAGCGAGGGCAGAGUCUUGCCGUGAAAAGCUUUUCAAGGCGAACACCUUCAUCAUCAUCUUACAGUGGUUCAGAGGGUUCGCAGAGUUCAGUUUCAGCUUCUAAUGAGAUCCAGCAGAACCAGCCACAGGCUCUACACUACGCACUAGCCAAUGCUCAGCAGGUUCAGAUCCACCAAAUUGGAGAAGACGGACAAGUCCAAGUAGGCCACCUCCACAUAGCCCAGGUUCCUCAAGGCGAGCAAGUCCAAAUCACGCAGGACAGUGAGGGAAACCUGCAGAUACAUCAAGUUCACGUGGGUCAAGAUGGGCAGGUGGCUCGUAAUGACACCGAAAAUGAGGUGUCUCAGUCCCACGGUAACACCGUCUUCAAAUCCAUCUUAGACGUGGCUCGUGUAUGGCUUCCAAGGCUCGCUCUUGUUUUGCUUCUGACUUGCAUCUUCCUGGAAGGAAUGAUGGUGGCAGGCUCUACGAGCAGCCUGUGUUUAAAGAGAGUUGUCUGCAUUAAAUUUUACUACGUAUGUGGUCUUUAUUCCUGUGAAAUUAAGAGUAGGCGCUUGCGCAGGUUUUCUCAAGCCUGGAGCCGACGUAGCUCUGUUGCAGGUGCUGUGGAAGCUGAAUUAAAAAUCCCCAGAAGAUAG